GUCUAACCCUUUUCAUUUUCUCCUCACAAAUUUUCCCAUCUCUCUAAAUGGGAAAAGAAAAAACACUAUCAAAAUCAAGAACAAUGACACCAAAAAUGGUGGCCAAUUUUCGAAGAUCUCUAUCUUUUCCAAAUCAUCCUAACCAUUCAAACAAACCCAAAAAAACCUUCCACGUCCGAUCAGCUAGUCUUCCUUGUCGAUCUCAUCCUUUAAUUUCUCAGCUCAAAGAUGAUUUAAACGAGCUUAAAUCAUGGGCUUUAAAGCCCGAAAAUCGAACUUCAGCUUGGCUUUGUGAUGGAUUGAAUCAACUCAAGAUUGUUCAUGAGUCUCUUGAUGAUCUUCUUCAGCUUCCACAAACUCGUGAAUCUCUACAUGGCCAUUCUGAUUUGGUCGAGAAGCUUCUAGAUGAUUUUCUUCACUUUGUUGACGUUUAUGGAAUUUUUCAGACAUUGAUUCUCACUUUCAAGGAAGAGCAUUUAGCUGCUCAGGUAGCUGUAAGGCGCAAAGAUGAAUCCAAGAUUGCUUCCUAUGCAAAAGCUUUGAGAAAAAUGGCUAAAGAAAUGGAUAAACUCGUGUCUAACGUGCAAUGUAUAGGAAAAUAUAUUGUGCCACAACAAUGUGUACCAGUGCCAGAUGGAGAUGCAGAGCUAGCAGAAGUCAUGAAAGAUAUUAUAGAAGUAACAGAAUUGGUUUCUAUUGCACUUUUUAAUGGACUUGGGGUCUCUAUGGCAUUUCCAAAACCAACUUGCUCUUGGAUUGGAUUAGGAAAGAAAACAAAGAAAGUGAAAGAAGAUGAAGGUAUUGUGGAAUUUUUAGAAAUGGGGUUGGAGAGUUUAUUGUGGGGUUUGAGAAAAAAAGGUGAUGAAGAAGUGAAAAUGAUGUCUAAAAAAAUGCAUGAAUUGGAAGAUUGUAUUUGUGGAAUUGAAAGUGGUGGAGAGAAAGUGUUUAGGAGUUUACUUAAUGCUAGAGUUUCAUUGCUCAAUGUAUUCACACAAUAGAGAGAAAAAGAAAUGAUGAUGCAUAUAUAUUUUUCUUUAAUUUUUCACCACGGAUCGUCUUUGAUAUGGGUAAAGCUGUCUUUGUGUCACUUAAGGGUUACGGAUUUGAGCCGUGGAAGCAGUCGCUAAUGCUUGUAUUAGGGUAAGCUAUCUACAUUAUUACCCUUUGAGGUGCAGCCCUUCUCCGGACUCUACAUGAACGCGGGGAUACCUUAUGCACUGGACUGCCGUAUCGUCUUUGAUAUGCUAUUUUUUUUUUUUUGAAAUCUUUGUUUUGUUUAAUGGAGGAAGACAAGUUUACUGUUGAAUAUAUACUGAAGAUUCUUGUUAAUUUUAUAGCGUUUUAAGUGAGGUAAUUGAAUUUACUAUUAGUAAAUUGUAAUUAAUCUGCAUUUCUUUAAAAAAUUUGAGUCGCGUUUUUUUCCUGAA